UCAUUCCUACCUUCUUCGAGCCUCCACCAGUUCGGAGCUACAUUCCUUCCUUCGCCUCCGAAAAUCGAACCUCCACCUCUUCGCUCGCCGGCGAGCCGCAUUCCGAAGCUCCGGCUCGUCGCUCGCGUCCGUCUCCGGCGGUGGGCGCCGGUGCCGGUGCCGGUGCGGUGCCGGUGCGGUGCCGGUGACCGAUGGCGACGGGGACGAUGGCGACCGCGGCGGGGGCGGCGGUGCUCCUGUGCUACGUCCUCAAAAGGACGCUGGCCUCGAAGGGCGAGGACGACGCCGGGGAUCCGUCGCGAUCGGGCCGCCCGUCGAAGAGGCGGAUCGCCCGGCGGCAGCCCGCCCAGGCGCCCGCGACGCUGUUCGAGGCGAUCGCGACGCUGGCGGAGACGCUCCGGUUCACGUACUCGGAGACCCUGGGGAAGUGGCCGAUCGGGGACUUGGCGUUCGGGAUCAAGUAUCUGAUGAGAAGGCAGGGGAAUAUCUCAGUUGCAAGUAUAUAUGCUGGAAGUAACUGUAUACAGUUGGGGGGCCCUGAGAUUCUGGCCAAGGUGCAUCAUCUCUUGAGGUUGCUGACGUUUUGCAUGCUUUUCUCCAAGAAGCCAUUUCCAGUGUUUUUGGAGUCAUCCGGAUACUCUGAAGAAGAUGUGCUCCUUCAAAAACCUAAGGCCGCGCUUUUGAAGCCUGCUUUUACAGUAAUACGUGACAAAAGUGAAAAGUGCCUUCUCCUAUUGAUUCGGGGUACGCAUAGCAUCAAAGAUACACUAACUGCAGCAACUGGUGCAGUUGUCCCCUUUCACCAUUCAGUUUUAUGUGAUGGUGGAAUUAGCAAUUUAGUUUUAGGAUAUGCGCACUGUGGAAUGGUUGCUGCUGCUCGUUGGAUUGCUAAGCUUAGUACUCCUUACUUGCUUAAGGCUCUUGAUGAACAUCCCGACUACAAGAUUAAGGUGGUUGGACAUUCUCUAGGUGGCGGUACUGCUGCACUCUUAACCUACAUUCUCAGAGAGCAGAAAGAGUUCUCCUCUACCACAUGUGUCACAUUCGCCCCUGCUGCAUGUAUGACAUGGGAGUUGGCAGAAUCAGGCAAGGAUUUUGUGACUACUACAAUAAAUGGCUCUGAUUUGGUGCCAACAUUUUCAGCCGUUUCUAUUGAUGAUCUUCGUUCAGAGGUGACAGCAUCAUCCUGGUUGAAUGAUUUAAGGGAUCAAGUGGAACGAACGAGGGUCCUAAAUGUUGUUUAUCGCUCCGCAACUGCUAUAGGAUCUCAUCUGCCUUCAAUGGCUAGUGCAAAAGCCAGAGUUGUUGGUGCCGGUGCACUUCUGCGCCCAGUCUCAAGUGGCACGCAGGGGGUGAUGAAGAGAGCACAAAAUGUAGCUCAAGCUGUCGUCAGGACUCGCUCGUCUAUAUCUUCAUGGUCCUGCAUGGGUGCGCGUCGCCGCAAUCUGGGUUCUAUAUCGAACUCAAAAGUCGAGGAUCAGCCUGAAACUACUCUUAUACUGGAUAAAGCAUGUGAAUCUCAUCUGACAGAAGCGACAACGAUAGAGCCUGUGCAAAGUCACAAAGAACUUCAUACUAGUGAUGGAUCUGGGAUCGACAGUACAGAUGAAGAGGAGCUCAUCCCAGGGGAGAGAGAUAUAUCAGAAGAAGCAGAAAACAUAACAGAAGGCGAGUUGUGGGAUGAAUUGGAGAAGGAGCUUCAAAGGCAGGAGAAGGAGCCUAACAUUCAGGCCCAGGAGGAAGAAGCAGCCGCAGCGAAAGAAAUUACCAAGGAGGAAAACGAGAUAGCCGAUGCUUCAGAGAGCCAGAAGUCCGGAACUUCACUCGACUCCCUAGAGAGCCACAGGUUUUAUCCUCCCGGGAGAAUCAUGCACAUGGUCUCUCUGCCGACACCGGAUGAUGCCGACAUGGAUCACGACGGCUGUCGUGAGGAGCAUGUGGGUAUCUAUGAGACGCCAAGGGAAUUGUACAGUAAAAUCAGAUUGUCAAGAACGAUGAUCAAUGACCAUUACAUGCCUAUGUACAAAAGGAUGAUGGAAUUGUUAAUUAGGGAACUGGAAAACGAGGAAGUCUGUUGUGAAAUAUGAAAUUAGAUGGUUGGAUUGUUUUUAA